AUGGUUGACUACAGCAAUUGGAUGAGAGAAGUGGACCCAGAAACUCAACUCUCGAAGCUUUCAAUCGCAGGUACUCACAACAGCGCUGCCUGCUACAAGAAUCUCCCAGGUGUCCGGUGUCAGGACGACAGUGUUACCACUCAGCUGGAAAACGGCGUCCGAUUCUUGGAUGUGCGUCUGGGUAGAGCCUUUUUUGAAUCUAACAACAAGGAUGAGAAAGGAACACUACAGGUUAUCCAUGGCAAGUUCCCUGUGAAGAUACCAAUGCCGCUAAAGUUUUCCAAGACCCUAGAAGAAAUAUACAACUUCCUAGAUAAUCACCCAGAUGAAACAGUGCUCCUCUCCAUUAAACAGGAGGGCAGUAACGACUGGAACAAUGACCAGGAUGAAUUCGGUAACUACGUAUGGGAUAACUAUAUCAGCUGCCGCCAGGACAAGUGGUACCUUGAAACGACUGUACCAAAGCUCAAAGACGCUAGAGGAAAGAUCGUCUUGUUCAGGCGUUUCGGAGUAAAGGACGAAGAGAAAAAGAAGCACUACGGUAUUGAAGCCUCUUGGUGGAGCUAUAACACAACAAACGAGGAUAGGGGAACAUUCUUGGUGCAGGAUUAUUGCGAUUUUACAAGCUCUGAAGAAGUAGCUAAAAAAGCCGAAUAUGCAAAACAACUCAUGGACAACGCAGCUCAGUAUAAUUCCACAAACACUGAUGCUAGUAAGCUAUUCUUGAACUUCUUGACUGCGUCAAACUUAACCAGCCCUGUUUGCUGGCCAGAGAGAAUUGCCCAAAAGAUGAGCGAACAUAAUGUCUAUAAUGACAUAAAAAAAGGAUGCGGUAUCCUUAUUAUUGACUUUGCAGGCAAUAACGGUUUCGAAAUUCCUCAUAAGGUUGUUGAUUGCAACUUCUAG